AUGCCUCUACCUUCGACUGAUGGUUGGUUGAACAUUGAAAAAGAAUUUGACAAAUUUUGGAAUUUUCCUAACUGCGUAGGUGCCAUAGAUGGCAAACAUAUAGCUAUUCAAUGUCCACCAAAUUCAGGAUCUAGUUAUUACAAUUAUAAAGGACACCACUCUAUUAUUCUUCAAGCAGUAGUUGACGCCAACGCAAAGUUUAUAUUCAUAGAUGUAGGUGAUUUCGGUCGUAACAGUGAUGGAGGAAUUUUAAAAGAAUCAAAUUUUGGAAAACUAUUGGACAAUAAUAAACUACUUUUACCUCCACCGAGAAAAAUUCAUGAAGAAGUCGAAGAUGAAUUCCCAUUUGUAUUUGUUGCGGAUGAAGCGUAUCCGUUAAAAAAAAAUUUGAUGAAGCCAUUUGCAAGAAAACAAUUGACAAAUCCGAAGCGAAUUUAUAACUAUCGUCAAUCACGAGCGAGAAGAAUAGUAGAGUGUGCUUUUGGUAUUCUAACAAAACGAUUUAACGUAUUUGAAAAUAAAAUGUUAGUUAAUCCGGAGAAAGCUACAAUCAUAACUCAAGCUGCUUGUGUACUUCACAAUUUAAUUAUGGAAAAAGAACAUAAUCUAACUGACAUUCAUAAUGAAAUGGAAACAACCUCAUCACGGGUAAACCAACAAGACAUCAUCAACAAACCUACAAAUCGCAGACCACCAAGAGAUGCUAUAGAUAUUCGUGAAAAGUUUAUGAAAUAUUUCAACUCUGAAAAAGGAUCAGCUCCAUGGCAAAAUGUAUAUACUGUUUAA